GACACUUGUUGCAGAACGUAUAUUUGUUGUUGUUAAAUGAAGUGACGUUUGUAUCCAAAUAGCGGUCCGAUUUCCUAUUGUUUUUGUUCAAUUAGAGUAUUUUCCCGGUUUUAAUGCUGAACAGUUAAAAGUAAAUUGGAUCGACUUGAUCGUUAAAGGCAGUGGUAUCUCUGGUCCGUUAUUCUGUUGUCCGACACAUCUAGAUCCAUGAACAUGUCUACAGUAUGGGAACAUGACUUCGGUAUAUCCAAAGCCACUCCAGUGAAGAGAAAACACUCCAAUGAAGGAGAAGCAAGAGAAGAAGUGUCGAAAAAACGAAAACACGGCCACAAAGAAUCUCAUAAGAGGCCGAAUGACCCUCGUCGCAUGGACACAAUGCGUGAAAAUAUGAACUCGACCGGCAAGAGCUAUAAAUUCAUCAUUGAAGAGGAGCGCUACAAAUGCGGUGUUGCUAGCUGUGGUCACCAGAGUAAAGCACCGGGGGAUUUUGAGCGUCAUCUCAAAGAGAUGCACGGAAUUAUAAAACGAUUCAAAUGUCCACAUUGCAAUGAUCGACUCGAAGCGAGCAAUGAUCGAAAUCGAAUGUGCACUCCAGUUGAUGUGAUGCGUCAUUUGGAAUUGCACGGCAAUGAUUUAUUUUCGUGUUUCCAUUGCCAAAGUGUGUUUUCAACGGAAUUUGAAGUACAACUUCAUCUCAUUCGCCGUCACUUGACGCUUGAGUUUAAAUAUCAUCAUAAAAACUUCGAUGCCAAGGGUCAAGCAUCGGUAGUUGAUGAUGUCAACGUGAAGUUUGAGUGUAACAUGUGCCAUCAACACGUUCCCACCACGGCAUUGGCGAUGGAACAUUUCAAAAUGAGUCACACCGGUGCCAACGUUGACUUCACUGCAAUCCAAUUCGUCGAUCGAAUGACACGAAGUCUGGAAGUGGUAUCGAUUCCAGUUCAUCGUGCAUUUUUGCUGCAGCAACAUUUGAUUUGUGCCUCAUGUGACUCAACAUUGGCGACAAAAGAACGAUUAAUUGCACAUCAUCGACAGAAACACGACACACGGCCGCUUGCAAUUCGAUUAAGCCCAUUGAUGUGCUUCAACAACUUCACAGCGAGUAGCGUGGUGGAAAUGACAAAGAUGAACUCACAGUUUGAUCGUCACAUUAUGUACACGUGUGCACAUUGUCCAGAGACAGGCACAUAUUUCAGCAAAGUCGAAGAUGUUCUAACUCAUUGGUCGAAGACACAUGAAACCGAAGAUCAAUUACCAUUUCGAUUCCAUGCAAUUCCAUUGGUUGCAUGCAUCCAUUGCCAGACUUUGAGCACAUUCCAUGAUCUCGUAAGACAUCAUGCACAAAAACACUCGAAUCAACCAUUUGUUGCGGUUAAUCCCAUCAACCAGAAUCAGUGCAGCGUUUGCAAUUUUGUCAGCGAUAAUCUCAUCGAUCAUUUUUGUCUUGAGCAUUCAACGAUUUUGCAAGAAAAUAUCAUGAAUCCGGUCUGCUUGAGCGAGGGUACAGUUAACCAAUUGCUCGAAAUUAACGUACGAAAAAAUUUUAAAUGUGGCCGAUGCGAUACGAUUCUCGAAACGGAAAAUGAUAUGAAAGAUCAUUAUUUGGAUGAACACAAAACACUCGAAUUUGAUCGAAUUGAAUUCAACGACAAUCAAAGUGUUCAACUGCUUGGCGGUUGCUGUCACUUGGAUCUCGAUCAAAUUACAUUUUUCGAACAUUUGGCCAAUCAUGAACGGAAUUUUUGCUGCCCAAAAUGCACAUUUCAUACGAGUGAUUCAUUCGAGUUUAUGGACCAUGGCAUCGAAGCCCAUGAAAUACACAACGAUGCCUGCACACUCGAUUUGAAUAACAUGAAGACUUGGUACUGGAACAGCCGUUAUGUAUUCGGCAAUGGACUCGUGUUGAGCAAAUACAAUCUCAUCGGAACUUCCAUCGAUGAUAGCCAACGAUUCAAGGAAUUUGCCCAAACAUUCGUCGCUGAACGCGAAAAAAGUCAUUACAAGAAACUUUGAUUCGGAUGAAUUUUUGAUAAGAAUAUAAGAGAGUUUUUGUUCAAAGUGUCAAAGGUGGACGUUCGAAUUUGUUCAUCAUAGGGAUUUUCUCCUCAAAUUUAGUCACAUGAAAAUGUUUCUCUAUAAAUUCCAUUACUCGUUUCUUUUUCAAAUGCUUUACUCAAAAAUUUACUCUAAAAAUAUGCAAUCUCGCUCUCUUUUUCUAAAAAUGUUCUUUAAAAAAUCUGCAAUUCUUUCAUUUAUAUCAUUUUUUUUAAUUUCACAACAAAAACAUCAACUCAUUUCCAUUUGCUCAAAUGUUUACGUAAUUUUCUAACUUAGAAAUUUCAAGAGAAAAUUGAAUUAAAAAUUCAAAAAAAUCGAAAGGGAAA